AUGUUUGGGAGGGCACCAAAGAAGAGUGACAACACUAAGUACUACGAGAUCCUCGGGGUGCCUAAAACGGCGUUACCGGACGAUUUGAAGAAGGCAUACAAGAAAGCUGCAAUCAAGAAUCAUCCUGACAAGGGUGGAGAUCCUGAGAAGUUUAAGGAGCUUGCUCAUGCUUAUGAGGUUUUGAGUGAUCCGGAAAAACGUGAGAUCUAUGACCAGUAUGGUGAAGAUGCACUCAAGGAAGGAAUGGGUGGCGGUGGAGGCAUGCAUGACCCAUUUGACAUCUUCUCUUCUUUCUUCGGUGGGAGUCCGUUUGGAGGUGGUGGUAGCAGUAGAGGACGGAGGCAAAGAAGGGGAGAGGAUGUUGUACAUCCAUUGAAGGUCUCUCUUGAAGAUCUGUAUGUUGGGACCACUAAGAAGCUCUCCCUGUCACGGAAUGUUCUUUGCUCGAAGUGUAAUGGAAAGGGAUCAAAAUCUGGAGCUUCAAUGAAGUGCUCAGGGUGUAAAGGAACUGGUAUGAAGGUUACUGUUAGGCAGCUUGGUCCGGGUAUGAUCCAGCAAAUGCAGCAUGCUUGCAAUGAAUGUAAGGGAUCCGGAGAGACUAUUAAUGAUAGAGAUCGAUGCUCACUGUGCAAAGGUGAAAAAGUUGUUCAGGAAAAGAAAGUUUUGGAAGUACACGUAGAGAAGGGUAUGCAGAACUCACAGAAAAUUACAUUCCCUGGAGAAGCUGAUGAAGCGCCUGACACCAUCACUGGAGACAUAGUUUUCAUCCUCCAGCAGAAAGAGCAUCCUAAAUUCAAGAGAAAGGGUGAUGACCUCUUUGUGGAGCACACACUUUCGCUCACAGAAGCAUUAUGCGGAUUUCAGUUCAUCCUCUCCCACUUGGAUGGCAGGCAACUCCUUAUCAAAUCACAACAGGGAGAGGUUGUGAAGCCUGAUUCUUUCAAAGCCAUCAAUGAUGAAGGAAUGCCAAUGUACCAGAGGCCAUUCAUGAGAGGUAAACUGUACAUUCAUUUCACAGUGGACUUUCCGGAUUCUUUAAGUCCAGAUCAGGUGAAGGCCCUUGUGGAAGUUCUGCCUCCAAAGCCUCAAUCACAACUCACAGACAUGGAGUUGGACGAAUGUGAGGAGACUACAUUGCAUGAUGUUAACAUUGAGGAGGAGAUGCGUAGGAAGCAGACUCAGCACCAGGAGGCGUAUGAUGAGGAUGAUGAUAUGCACGGUGGAGCCCAGAGGGUGCAAUGUGCUCAGCAGUGA